AUGUCAUCACGUUUAAUCUUCUUCUAUUUGCUCACCGCCUUCCUAGCCGAGGCGGGGUUACUCACGUAUGGAAUUUGCCAAGCUGGCUGUGCUGCCGCCUGGGUUUCCUGCAACGCCGCUUGCGGUGUGGUCGCUGGUACAGUUACCGCCGGAGCGGCCACUCCUGCGUGUAUCCUGGCUUGUAAUGCUGCUUAG